UGUUUUGUUUUGAAAUAAUCAUCAAUUGAUAAGCGUUUUUUUUGUUGUUGUUCAUAAAUUAAAUUCUUUGAUGAUUGGCCAUUCGAAUUCUGUAUUGAUAUAUAGCAUUUGAAUUGAUUCGAUAUUAUUUUUUCUCUCGAAAUUAUUAUUUAUUGAUUUGAAAAAAAUGGCUGAUUUACUACAACGUUUUAGUGGUAAUCCAUUUUCCACUUCAGUCGGACAACGAAUUGAACAAGCGACAGAUCCAUCAAUGAACAGUGAAAAUUGGUCAUUGAAUAUGGAAAUCUGUGAUAUAAUUAAUGAUACUGAAGAUGGUGCCCGAGAUGCUAUUCGUGCCAUCAAAAAACGUCUUCAACAAACAGCUGGAAAAAAUUUUACCGUUUUCAAAUUAACAUUAAUAGUGUUGGAAACAUGUGUAAAAAAUUGUGGCAAACGAUUUCAUAUAUUAGUGUCAAACAAAGAUUUUAUUCAAGAUUUAGUCAAAUUGAUUGGCCCAAAAAAUGAUCCACCAGCUGAAAUUCAAGAAAAAGUUUUAAGUCUCAUACAAAGUUGGGCUGAAGCAUUUCAUGGUCAGCCAGAUAUGCAAGGUGUAUCCAUUGUUUAUAAUGAAUUAAGAAAUAAAGGAAUUGAAUUUCCUAAAUCAUCCAAUGAACCGAAAGUACCGAUUUACACUCCACAAAGGCAAAUUAGUCCAUCCUCAAAAAAUCAGGAAAUAGCAUCAAGUCCUCCUAAAUAUUCAAUGCAAGAAACUUCACCUAAUAAACAAGUGACAUCGGCUACAAGAACCACAAGUGAAUUAUAUCCAUUACAUUUGAGCCCUGAACAAUUGAAUAAAUUGAAAACUGAAUUGGAAGUUGUUCAAGGAAAUAUGAAAGUUAUGAGCGAAAUGUUGACCGAAAUGAAACCAGGUCAAGAACAUAAAGAUGAUUGGACAUUGUUGAUCGAAUUACAUCAGACAUUAGUAUCUAUGCAAAAACGUAUUAUGGAUCUAAUUGAAAAGGUUGCCAAUGAAGAAGUCACUAGUGAAUUAUUGCGUAUCAAUGAUGAACUAAAUAAUUUGUUCAUGAGAUUUGAUCGUUAUCAGAAAAAACGAGGCGGUAAUAAUGGUAAUGAUCAAAGAACGGAUUUUAAUUUAAUGCCAUCUACUUCAUCGAAAUUACCUCAUCCAAAUCAGAAAAAUAUGAAAUCAACAAAUCAACCAUCGUUGAUUGAUUUUACUGAUGAAAAUGAUGAACCUGAUUUGAUUGGUGGCCUAAAGAAACUUGAUAUGAAUUCAUCACAAUCAUCUCAAAUGACGAAGCCUUCUUCUAAUAAUAUGAUUAUAUCAUCAUCAUCAUCAUCACAACAGCAUGUAGAAAAUAUGGGUGACAAAGAAUUCGAUAUGUUUGCACAAUCCAGAUCAUCGACAACAGCCACUACAUCAUCAUCGAUCAUUAGUCAGGCAUCUACGUCAUCAUCAUUAUCAUCGACGUCGAAACCAUUGUUAAAUGUUGGAUCUCGUCCAAAAGAUCCGGCACCAUUACCAUCUACCGAAGAGGGACAAGAAAAAGAAAUGGAAGAAAUUGAAAGAUGGCUAAAUACGAAACCCGGUGAACCAUCUAUGUCAUUUGAAGCAUUUCUUGAGAAACGAGCCAAUGCAUUGGACAAACAACCAUUGAAAAAAACAAACAGUAAUGGUCAACAAGAUUCUAGUUAAAAAUCUAUGUGUGACCACAUCAAACAUCAUAUAAUAUUGGUACAAAUAAUACUGAAACAUUUCGUUGAUAUUCUGUGCAUUUUAUUAAUUUACAAUUUUUAAAUGAUUCAUCGAUUUUUGAAGUUUGAAUAAAUAAUUGUAUUGAAAAUGA